CGGCGGAAUGGUAUUUAAGCGGGAAAUGAUUCGGUAUGACAAAUCAGAAGUGAAAUAACUCAGCAACAGCAAGCAACAGGCUGCUAACAGUUAAAAAAAGAAAAGGAAGACAACCAAGAAAUAGCACAAGAACCCCUAAAUCCAUUGAAGAAAUGGCCACCGCAUCAGCUCAUCUGCCCAUCCAAAAGCGCCAGACGCACAAUCACAAUGGCGAACCCGGCUGCCAGGGUCUGGAUGAGAUGAACCGCAUGUUCCGCAACUUCUGGGAUCCCACGGCCUACUGGGUGUGCGAUAAGCAGGGCACCCGUGCUCGUCUCCAGCGCUGUCCCAAGUCGCAGUUGUACUCCGAGGAACUGGGCCGCUGCGUCCACUAUGCGGAUUGGGCCUGGACGGAGCCGAAGGAGCCGCCAAGCCGGCCCAAGAUCAGCCAAUCAGUGUCCGCCAACUAGUGAUAGCCAAAAACCAACCUUAAUUUAAUCCUAUUUUAAGACUACAAACCUCAUUACGCUUAGGUCUAUUUUUACAAAAUACCUUUAUUUUACAUUGAAAAUAAGAAAAAAUCAGUACAAAAUCAAAAGUUGCUCGCUUUCAACAAUUUA